UCAUUAGACAAUAUUGCAAGAGUCAUUCAUGAACCAUUCUUGAUAUGUUUAUAUAUUCCUCUAGUACAGAUGACAUUGUUCAUUAUUUGACCCCAUAUCAUCUUUGAUAUGUCCUCAUUAUUCCAAUAGACUAUAAAAGUAGACACAAUACUUAUCUGGUGCUUUAAAAGGUUAUCAGUAUAAUUCCUAGAAAGGUUAUGAAUUACAAUUGGUUGUGUUUUUAUCUUUUCAUCUCUCGUCUCGAUAUUUCAUCUUCCACACCUUGAAUCAUUGAUAUUGGGUGUAACAAAGUAAAAAGCUUUGAUCAUUCACAGGAAUAUUGCACAAAAUAUAUAAAGUAAACCAAUAUUCCACGAACAGAUAUCACAGGAAAUUAUAUCAAUAUCAUAGACAUAAAAUAAUUCGAGAUUUGACUGCGUAUUUUUUCUCUGGAAUUGAGAGCAAUGUUUUUUAUCAUCGUCGCCUGUCAUUGCAGGCAGGUUGAAGGUUCAAACCUUCGUCGAAAAUUGAUUUUAUUAUUUGAGAUUAUUCAAAAUUUAGCCUGAAUUUUCUGUUGAAUUAAACGACAAGUUGUAUUGGAUCAUUUUGUUUGGCUGAAAAGGUUUUAGCAAAGACAUAAGUAUCCCUCGUGUUGGCCAGAUUAGGACCACAUUGUAAAUCAGUGAGACACUCGAACGAUGUCUGGAAUCCACUUGACGAGAGCUUCGGUACAACUGAGACCAUAUUUAGCGAUGAGUUGAUUAAUCGAAUCUUCAGCUUCAUUCUGGAAGGAAAAUAUCUUGAAAAACCCCUGAAACGUAACAUUUAAAUCUUAAUGUCAGUCAUAAAUUACCCAGGAUAAUUACACUCGACAAAUAUAGUAAUAUUGAUUGGCAUGUUUAGCAUUAAAAGAGGUAGGAUUCUAGAAAUCCGAGACAGAGUAUAAAAACAUCACACCCUGGUUGAAUCAAGAUAGUUUCAGACUGAAGGAGUGAAUAAUCGUAGGAGAGACGAAACACUAACCACUAUGAGCAGCGGCAAGACACUUAUUACAACAUUAGAUGUGACCAACUACAGGCCGGAGGAAAUUUCACUUCGUGUUGAAAAUCGAAAAAUUCACGUAGAUGGAAAACAUCACUCGGAAGGAAAAUAUGGAUCUGAGACAAGUGAAUUCCACAGGGUUUUCGCGUUGCCAGAAGGAAUUGAUCCCUCGUCUGUUUCAUCGCGUAUAACUCAUGAUGGUGUCCUUCAUGUUGAGGCGUACAAGACUCCCACUCAGGAUCUAGAUAUCGCUCUCCUGGGGUGUUCCUCACAGGACGUAUCUAGGACCGAUGACAAGAAGUUUGCUGUGACUCUGAAUGUUAGUGAUUUUUCCCCAGACGAAGUGGAAGUCAAAGUAAAAGGGAAUGAACUGUCGGUGCAUGCUGUACGUGAGAAGCAAGAAGGAGGAAUGUCGAGUUCUCGACAGUUUCACCGUCACUUUCUGUUGCCCAAAGACGUGGACAUGGCGAAAGUAGUGUCUCGUAUUGACAAACAGGGUCAAUUACACAUCGAAGCGCCGAGACUAGAACAGAUACCGUCGAACAGAGAAAGGCAGUUAAAGAUUACGAGAGACUAACGUUGUAGAGAACGAAUAAUUCACGGGAGAACGAUACUAGCAUCACGAUAUUAUAUAAUAUAAAAUACAAACUGACCAUUACGAUGGUAAUUAAUUAUCCCAAAGUGACAAUGUGCAAUUAAACUGUAAGUUAGUCUUAAUAGCUUCACGCUACAGCGAGCUAUGAUAAAUGCCUAGUGUAAUGAAGUGUUAACGGCACUGUCAAUUCCAUUGUUUUUUAAUAAGUAUUAAUUUUUAAUUAAUAUUAAUUUGAAAUCAAUUAUACGAAAUUGAUACGGUAUUAAAGAAUACAGAAGUGUUGCGGUA